AUGGACGCCACUACCACUGACCGUACCUAUACCGACGAAGAGCUCGACCGCGAGUGGAAGCCCAAGAGCCGCCGACCUCUAUCCCAUCUUGUUUCUUUCUCCCCCUCUUCAUCAAUUCGCCAAUCCGUUGAAAACGCACUUGAUCAACCAGCCAAGCAAUCCCAAUAUCAUAGCCAGCCUGCAACCGCAAAUACAACAGCCAAAUCACCCACCAUGGACUACCAGCACGAGAUUCAGCAGUCCGAGAAACAGCAGCGAAGGCUAACCCUCAACUCCGACGAUAGAACCGUCGCCCGCUCCUUUUCCGAUGAGCUGAUGAACAUCUUCCGCAUUGACAACUCGGUUGCCGACCUCGACCAGCAGGUCGACACUAGACGAGCCAAAGUGAACCGCAAUACAAUGGAGCUUGCCUCGCUCGAGGCUCGCCUCCGUGAAAUGGAAGAGCGUCUCAAGAGGAGCCAGCAAUCGCGUCCCGACCUCCAGCUCAACACGUCCGACAUGCCCAAGCACGCUCCCACUCACGCGCCGCCUCCUCCACCGGACAAGGACGACAAGGCUCGGUCCCGCCCCGGCACCGCUCGUGCGCCCAAGCAAGCUCCCAGCGCUGGUACCAUGCCCCCUACUCCGGGCGGCAGUGAAGGUAAAUACCAUUUCGUCAUCAAGGCCGACUGUCAAUAA